AUGGCGUGGACGUGCUCGGCGUUGUCAAAUGCUUCAAUGGUUCAGAAUCUGGAAAAGGCGGGGCUUCUGUCUACACCGGUGAUCAUUAGAUCCCUUCAACGCGUAGAUCGCGGGUGGUUUGUACCGGACAAUUUACAGACCUCAGCGUACAGGGACGAGCCGCUGCCUCUCGGGCAUGGUGCCACCAUCAGCGCCCCUCAUAUGCACGCCAUCAUGCUUGAGCUUCUCGCUCCCUUCCUAUUACCGACGGCUAGAGGUUCAUCCAAGACAGUUCUAGAUAUUGGCAGUGGCAGCGGUUAUCUUACGGCUGUCCUCGCUGACAUCUGUGGCGAGGGUUCGCGGGUGGUUGGUGUGGAACAUGUGCAAGAGUUGCAGCAGCGUUCAUCAAGAGUGGUUCAGCAACGUUUUCCGAGCUGGGUGAGUGAGGGUCGUAUUACUUUUAUCAAGGGCGAUGGUAGAGGCAUAUCAAAGUUAUUCUCUUCUCCGGUCAUGUUUGAUGUAAUUCACGUCGGUGCGGCCGCCGCAUCGGUUCCAAACGGUUACUUGGAGUCCCUAAAACCGGGAGGGUGUCUUGUGAUUCCUGUUGGAAGGGAAGAUGAGGUGCAACAGUUGCGUCUGUACACAAAGGACGACAGUGGGGUCAUCACAACAAAAACCCAUGGAAAGGUCAGCUUUGUUCCACUAACGUCGCUGAAUCAUCAAGAACAGCGCAGGCGAGGAUGA